CUCAAAAUCAUCAUUACAUUGAGCAUUUCAUCUAAUUCUUCUUACUCAUUUGCUUUAUUGUGUUGAAAAGUAGUAAUUAAGAACUUUAAUCCCUUUUUUUUCAAACUAGUAAUCCAUAUUUGAAUGGCCACCAGUUUACAGAACCGUGGAUUCGUUAGCUUGAAGAAGGGAUUUUUGAACUAUAUUAAUCAAAGUUUUGGCUCGGAUCUUGUGAGGGCAGUGCAUGCAUCAGUGUACGAUAAGAAUCUGGAGGAGUCUGUGCUGGUGCCAGAUGAAGUGAUCAAGGCGAAAUCGGAUAAGUACUGGACUCCUCAUCCUCAUACUGGUGUGUUUGGACCAGCCACUGAUCAUCAUAUCGGUAUCAGGGCUGUGACUGCUAGUGUAGAUUCUGUGUUGGAACAGAAGGCCUUCUUCCGCCCACUCGAGGAUCUUGAGAAGCCAGCUUAUGUUUAAAUUUCUUUCAAUCUGUAGUGAUUUUUUUAAAAAAUUUGAAUCUGUAGUAAAGAGUGCAGAAUAAGAUGCUAUCAAAUAUUUGUAUUAUAAAUAAUAUGAAUCUUUUACUUCUAUCAA